AUGCGUCGAACAAGAAGGCGAAGUGGAAGUGCAGCAACGUCGAGUGCAAGCACGAGUGGCGGGCGUCGGUGGGCAACCGCACGAGGAGCGCCGAACCCACCGGGGUGUCCGAAGUGCGCGAAUCGCAUACCGCUGAGCAAGACGAACAACUUCCUCGUGUGGUGCGAGAAGAACGGCGAGCUCGGGAAGAAGCUGUCGCGCGAGUACGUUGACAAGGACAAGCCGCCGACGGCGGUGACGAAAGGGUCGGACUACAAGGCGAAGUGGAAGUGUUUGAAGUGCAAGCACGUGUGGCGGGCGAAGGUGAACCACCGCACGAACAGCGUCAAACCCAAAGGGUGCCCACAGUGCGCGAAUAAUGCGCCGGCGAGCAAGACGAACAACUUCCUCGCGUGGUGCGAGAAGAACGGCGAGCUCGGCAAGAAGCUGUCGCGCGAGUACGUCGACAAGGACAAGCCGGCGACGGCGGUGACGAAAGCGUCGAACUACAAGGCGAAGUGGAAGUGUGGGACGUGCUCGUGCGAGUGGCGGGCGACGGUGAAGGACCGCACGAGGAGCGUCAAACCCACCGGGUGCCCGGGGUGCUACGGGCUACGGCCUGGAAAGCGCCAGCGCGUCGACUGA